ACGUCGUUUUGGAGCAGAAUGGCUUCAAGUCGAUCUAAAUUCAAUAUAUUCCUCUCAAAUAUUAUUACUUUAUUAGAGAAUACUAAACGGCCCAUCAGUGCGGGGGGAAAAGUAUUAUUAGCUGAUCACAUUGUUCUUGGUGGGAUAAGGAAUGAAAGUCCAAAGGGGAUUCAUAUUUUAGCGGCUUGUCGACAAUCCUCACACUUGCAACAAAUUCAUGACAUUCAUAUAAUUAUAAAAAUACUUAGUGGAGUGAAGAAAAUCAAAUGUCAUUGUUCUUGCAAAGCGGGUGGAGGCAACAAAUGCAAGCACAUUUUUGCCACUUUGUUAUAUGUUAAUAGGAAACGUCUCGAGAAUUUAGACCUUAUCAGCUCAACAGAUUUGAAACAGCAGUCGGGUAAAAUCAAAUCAGCCAAAAAAAAUUCAGAGGAUCAAGUUGUUACGAUUGAUAAAUUCUGUUGUUAUCAAACGGACGCUGCAAGAGAAUUUGUACCUGAUAAGCCAUUAAAUGAUUAUUUUGUAAAUAGGACAUUCGCAGGAUUGCCAGAUUCUGAGGCUGCUAUCUAUUCUUCUGAAGAAAGAGCAACUGCUUCACAAGUAGUUCAGAAUGAACAGAAUGCCAGAUGGAUUUAUUAGAUAUGGCACUUAUGCAUGUUUUACAUGCAUAAUGAGAGUAACGC